CCUCUCUCCCCUCUCUCUCUCACUUUACUUAUGAUCAUUUUAUUAGUAUUAAUGUUUGGCCAUGCCAAUGCGCAGCUUACGGCCGACUACUACGCAACCAGUUGCCCUAAUCUGCAAACCAUUGUGCGUAGUGUGACGCAGCAAGCUGUCAACAAUGAGUCCCGCAUGGGCGCUUCCCUCCUUCGCCUCUUCUUCCAUGACUGCUUCGUAAAUGGUUGUGAUGGAUCAAUUUUGUUAGAUGACUCGACCACCAUUCAAAGUGAAAAGAAUGCCUUGCCAAAUCUAAAUUCAGUGAGGGGUUUCGAGGUUAUUGAUGCCAUCAAAAGUCAAGUGGAGGCUGCUUGCAGUGCUACUGUAUCAUGUGCAGAUAUAGUAGCUCUUGCUGCGCGAGAAGGAGUUUUUGCGUUGGGAGGGCCUUCAUGGACGGUGUUGCUUGGCAGGAGAGAUUCACUAAUAGCCAACCUUAGUGGAGCUAAUACAGAUCUCCCUUCACCAUUGUCUGACCUUCCAACCCUAGUCUCCGCAUUCCAAGCCAAAGGUCUAAACCUCCAAGACUUGACAGCACUCUCCGGAGCUCACACGAUUGGCCAAGCACGGUGCAUCACAUUUCGAGGGAGAAUAUACAAUGAAACCAACAUCAAUUCUAACUUUGCCGCUACUCGUCAAGCAACUUGCCCGGCAACUGCAGGCAACGGCGAUAACAACUUAGCUCCACUCGACGUACAGACCUCAGCCCAACCUUUUGACAAUGCAUACUACCAAAACCUUUUGACUCAGAGAGGACUUCUUCAUUCAGACCAGGUGCUCUUCAGUACUGCUGGUUUGCAAACCGCUCAGGUUUUGACUUAUAGCCUUAGCAGUACAAUUUUCUUUAGGGAUUUUACAGCUUCCAUGGUGAAGAUGGGUAAUAUUAGCCCCCUCACUGGAGCUAAUGGGGAGAUUAGAAGAAACUGCAGGCUGGUUAACUAG